AUGGCUACCGUCACCGUGGAAAAGCUGCGCGAGAGCCUGGUCUCCGAGGCCACUCCCCUACCCGUACGCUUCCGCGCCCUCUUCUCCCUGAAGCACCUGGCCGUCACGGACAAGAGCGCGGCGGGCCCCGCCAUCGAGAGCAUCGCGGCGGCAUUUGCGUCACCCUCUGCCCUCCUCAAGCACGAACUCGCCUACUGCCUGGGACAAACUGCCAACAAUGCCGCGGUACAGCCUCUGCGUGGUGUUUUGUGCAACCUAGAAGAAGAUCCCAUGGUGCGCCACGAGGCCGCCGAAGCCCUUGGCGCGUUGGGUCACGCGGAGAGCCUCGAGCUGCUGAAGCAGUUCCGCGACCGUGAGGGGGAAGAUAUUUCUGUCGUUGAGACCUGUGAAAUCGCGAUCGAUCGUAUUGAAUGGUCCAACUCUCAGAAUAGAAAAACAGAGAAGCUCAAGCAGAGUGACUUUGCAUCCAUCGAUCCUGCGCCCCCGGCCGACGAAACUGAACAAAAUGUGGAAGAACUCGGAAAGCAGCUCAUGGAUGACAAGCUGCCACUCUUCUUGCGAUAUCGCGCCAUGUUCUCGCUCCGUGACCUGGCGUCCCCGCCUGACCUGCCGACCGCCGUCCCAGCCGUCCUUGCGCUUGCCAAGGGCUUUGCCGACCCGUCUGCUCUCUUCCGUCACGAGAUCGCCUUUGUCUUUGGUCAGCUCUCGCACCCUGCCUCGAUCCCAGCCCUCACAGAGGCACUCAGCAAUGUCAACGAAGCGAGCAUGGUACGCCACGAAGCUGCAGAGGCUCUUGGUAGCCUGGGAGAGGAGGAGGGAGUUGAGGAUAUUCUGAGGCCCUUCCUCCAUGAUAAGGAAAAGGUGGUGCGCGAAAGUAUAAUUGUUGCGCUCGACAUGGUCGACUAUGAACAGAGCGGGGACACCGAAUAUGCGCUGAUCCCAGAAGCGGCUCGCGCUUCCGUUUAA